GAUUCAGUCUUGCAGCCACGUGCUACAUGAGCGCACGCCCUGCUCACGUAUACCGGCCGGCUCCAUACAGGUCCGGAAUCUGUUCCGUUUCCUCUUUUGAUGCCAAUUCCGCAUCUAUAUAUUAUGAUUAUUUAACCACGACAAUAAUUAUUUAUUUAAUAUUAUUUUGAAUUUUAUAUAAAAAAUAGAACUGUUUGUGUUUCAUAUAUAUAUACAUGAAAAAUUUUUAAAAUCGCGUUGUGAAACAGACAUAUUGGUUAGUGAUAAAAUUUAGUAAAUCUUGAUUGAUUCAAGAUCUAUAUAUAAGCAGUGGACAUUUGAAUAUCAUUUGUUAAAUGAUAAAAUUAAUAAAAAAAGAAGAAGGAAUAGUGUUUCUUUGGUGUUGAUUCAGUGAACAUGAUGGAUUAUUGAUAUACAUAUUGGAUUAAAAGAAUCAGUGGAAUUAGGGGCCACUCAAUUGAUGGAAUGUCAACGAGGAUGUAAAUAGUUUGCAAAAAAAGAAAAAUAGGUUGUAAGGUUUUUGAUAGAGUUAGGGAAAAAAUGAGGGAGAUUCUGUGGAAGAUGAGAACUCAACGAAGAGAGAGGAAAAUGUUACCACAAAGUAAAUAAACAAGAUCGGAUGGACGUGGGCGAAUUGUCGAACGUGGCUGGAUUGGCUGGAACUGGCAACCACUGUUCACCAGGAGUUGGUACUACUGGCUGGUGGACAUCUCCUCCAACAAUUGCAACGACCCCGGCCAAUACUGACGUGAUGAAUCAACUCUGCAGGGUUUGCGGAGAACCGGCUGCCGGCUUCCAUUUUGGUGCUUUUACCUGCGAGGGAUGUAAGUCCUUCUUUGGAAGAACCUACAACAACUUGAGCAGUAUAUCAGAAUGCAAAAAUGGAGGUGUUUGUGUUAUAAACAAAAAAAAUCGAACAGCCUGUAAAGCUUGCAGAUUAAGAAAAUGUCUAAUGGUAGGAAUGUCCAAAUCGGGUUCACGUUAUGGCCGUCGUUCAAAUUGGUUUAAAAUUCAUUGUCUCCUACAGGAGCAAGCACAUCAGCCACUAUCACGUUAUAAGGAACAAAAAUCCCUUUAUGAAAAGCCCUUCUCGUCUCUUGAUGCGGCAAAUAACAAUAAUAAUAAUAAUACAACAACAUCGAAUAAUAGUUCAAUAAUAAACAAUUUCCCGGAAAGAAUGACAAAACGCGAUGAAAGUUCAUUGAGGCCACAGGAUAUACCAGUACUUCGACAAUCGGACAUUCCAACUAGACCUCAGGAGAUGUUGAGGCCACCAUCGGAUCUUGUGAGACCUCACGAGUUACUUAGGCCGGAAGCAGCAAGAUUUCCAAUGUGGCGUGGACCUCCUUUGUUUCAUCCAGCUCUCAAUCACAUGCAAUUGUUGAACACACCCUUCUUUUUGCAACAACGAUUUAUAGUGCCUUAUGUGAAUCAAGUGGGUGCAGCACAAGCUGCAACUAGUUUAUCGAGUUCCUCCAGUGACAGCAUUAGUUCGAGGACCACUCCAUCUCCCAAGCAUGAGGUGGAAGAGGAAGAAGAAGAAGAGGAGGAUGAUGACGAGACGGCUAAUAAUGAAAAUAAAGACACCAAUAAUGGAGAAAAUAAUAGUAGACAGGAAAUAUCAUAUGACAAAAGUAUUGCUUUUCUUCGAUCAUUAGGUCCCGAGCAAGAAGAACCAAUUGAUUUGAGUUUUAAAAGUCAUCAAAAAGACAUUGAAUCACAUCAUCUUGUUCUCAGUGAUGAGGAAAGAUCGUCCGAAAGUGAGGAUAAUGACAUGGAACUUGAACCAGAAACUGGUCCACCACUUGAUCUCACUCGGAAAACUUGACCUUAAACGAUUAAUUGCGAAAAAUUUUGUUUUCUAGACACUUUUUUUCUUCUUCCGUGAAGUGCCUUUUUCUGCAAAUUUUGUGCCUUCUUUUUUUUGUCGUGAAGAAACAAAAAAAAAUAUAUAUAUGCGAGUGAUAUCGUAUAUUACUAUUUUGGGAGAAUAGUGACAAAUACUUUUUAGAACUUUUUAGAAACGAAGAAAAUUGCUCAAACCUUCAGAUAUGUAGUUGGCAAAAAAAUUGUUUUUUUUUUUGAAAGGGAUUAACUCUGAUAUAUAUAUAUAUUUUUAAAACUUAUAUACAACGAACAAUUUUGCAUGAUUUUUUUAUUACAUAGUGUGAAAAAAAUAUCAUCGCGCGUGCAAUUUCGAACGGUGCCUUUUAAAAAGAUUCUUGUACCGCAGUGCCAGUAAAAAAAAAUUCGUGAUUUAUUUGUUUGUGAGUAUUUCUAUAUACAUAUAUACUUUCAUAGAAAAAGUGAAAUUAUAUAAAUGUUAAAAAAUCACGAUAAUAGUGUAAAUAUUUAUAUAUAUACAAUAUAUAUAUAUAUAUACAUAAUAUAUGCUGAUGCGAUUUAUCAGCAACAACCAAGGCCAGUCUUGCAAUAAUUUUGUCUAUUUUCAUUUUUCUUUUUUUCAUUUUUUUUUUUUUUUUUUAUUAAGUUGACAAAACGUUCAAUGGAGGUCUUCUUCUUGUAAAAUUCAUUGAUUCUUUAGGUUGGUUUCCAUUGUCCUCACUCUCCAUUUGUCAUAAUUCUCGUCAACUACCGCACCCUGCUCUAGUGAAAAUUUAGUAACUUUUAAUUUUUACUAGAGCUUUUAAAAAAAAUUUUAAUGUUAAAAUUAAAAGUUACUAUAAAGUUACUAAAUUUUCACUGGAGCAGGGUGCGGUAGUUGAGGAGAAUUAUGACAAAUGGAGAGUAGGGACAAUGGAAACCAACCCUUUAGAAAUUAGAAAUUUUAUAUGCUUGUGCAUAUAAAACAAAAUCUUGAACAUGACAAUAUAAUAUAAUUAUAUUUUUGAAAUUUCAACGCGUUGGUGAAGUUAUAAUCUACGAUUGUAAAAAAAAAUUUUUUGCCUACAAAUUAUUUUUUCUUAAAAAUUGUUAAUCGAGAAACGUUAUAAAAAUUUUUUUCAACAAAAAAUUAUAAUUAUUUUGCAUAGAAGAAUAUUUUUUCUUCUAAAUCAUUGAUUAUAAACGUUGAGAACUUUACCGACGUGACAAUCAUUAAAAAUUUCUGUAAAUUUAUUAUUUGUAAGUAAAUUUACGAUUUUUCUUUUUUAUAUAAAAUAUAUGAAAGUAUUUAUUUAUAUAAAGUAUUUGAUAUUUAAAUAUUUAAAGAUAUUUAUAUAUAAAUUUUUUUUUUAAAACUUGAAAAUAUACUUAUUUUUUGUUUAUUAUAUUAUUUUAAAUUCAUGUUUCAAUUGAAUGCAAAUAUUAUAUUAAAAUAAAAUGUUCUAAAUUACUCUCAAAAUUUAAUUCAGUGAGAGUUUACUAAUGAAAUUUGUUUAGUGUAAAUAAAACUAGAAUAAAAAAUGACGUUUUUGUGAUUUUUUAAUUGAAAACUACAUAAAAAAAUUUGAGGGUCCAGUUUUAUUAUUGUUUCAAACAAUCAAAUCUGCUUUACCGAUUACCGUUAAACCAGAAUUAUCACGGAUUUAGAAAGAAAAUCUGUUUUACCGAUUGAUGAUAAAACAGAACAAUCACUGAUUUAAUUAGACGAAUCUGUUUUAUCUAUUGUUACUAAAACAGAAUAUUUACUGAUUUAGUCUAAUAUGUUUUUACCGAUUUUCGAUGAAAUAGAUUUUAUUGUUUAAAUUUGUAACAAUUGUACUUUUCAGUUGCUAAAUUUCAAUUAUUUCAUAAGUAAAAUCUUACUAAUUAAAAAUUAACUGAGUAUUGAAUUAAAAUUUUAUACGAUUUGUUUUAGAAGAACUUUAAAAAAGUUUUCUUUCCUAUAAUUUCAUGAGUCAAAUCUGUUUUACCGAUUAUCGUUAAAAACAUAAUCAUCAAGGAUUAAAAAAAAAAAACUUUACUGAUUUUCAGUGAAAAUUAUUACCAAAUUUUAGUGAAAAUCUUACUGAAAUACUUUUCAAUUGCUAAAUUUCGAUUAUUUCAUCAGUAAAAUUUCACUAAUUAAAAAUUAAGUGAGUGACUGCAUUGAAAUUAUAUACGAUUUGUUUUGGAAGAACUUUUAAAAAAGUUUUAUUUCCAUAGUUUUUCUUGUCAACAUUAUUUAUUAAUGCAGCAAAUUAUAUAAUUAAUUUGAGCAUUUUCGGAAAAAUAAUUUUAUUUUCUUGCAUAAUUUUGGUUUAUAAAAGAACUUUAUCUGAAUUGCAUAUAAAAUACACCCUCCAAUGAACGUUUGAGUAAUGUAUGGAUUUUGAGAUCUAUUAUAAAUAAAAUGUGCGUUCACAAAUAUGGGCCAGUACAAAGAUUAUAAUGAGAAAAUAAAUUAAACCCGAAAGAUGUGAUUUCAUGAUGCCAGCUGAUUUGUAAAUAUUGAUAAAGUGGUUGACAAUUUACAUUUAAUAAAUAUGGUGUAUCUUA